GGUAGACCUCAGAUCACUGCUUCACUCUUUCCCAACUCUUUCUGAACGGUCUCCCCUUCGGAGUGAUGUCGACUCCCGGCGGCCCCCCGCAGUGUGAGGGGAUGUACUCCAAACUGAUAGACUUCGAGGGCAGCUAUGAUCAGCUGAGCCGCAGGUCCGAGGCGGGGCCCGCAGCUCACCUGGUGUUUCCCAGCAGCGUGGCCCCCAGACUCAGAGGCUUCGGGACCUUUCGCCUCGCCACCAUCUGCCUGGCUGUACUGAGCGCCAUCCUGCUGAUCGCCAUCAUAUCCAUGGCUUCACACAAUAAAAACAGAGCUCAGGGUGGCGGUGACGCCGUCGCAGAAGCGCAGAAGCAGAAGCAGGGGGUCAACGUGUCGGAGCUGGUGGACUCCAUCAGCAAACUGCAGCAGGAGAAGAAACAGCUGCAGGGAGAGAAGGAGGAGCAGCAGAGAGCGAAAGAAGAGCUGCAGAAAGCAAAGGAAGGGCUGCAGAGAGAGAAAGAAGAGCUGCAGAAAGCAAAUAAAGAGCUACAGAGAGAGAAGGAAGAGCUGCAGAAAGCAAAGGAAGGGCUGCAGAGAGAGAAAGAAGAGCUGCAGAAAGCAAAUAAAGAGCUACAGAGAGAGAAGGACGAGCUGCAGGCCAGACUGGCUGUCACCAAAGCCCCUGUUGUGACCACGCCAAAGUCGACAUCGGCCCCCAUCGUCUGCCCCAACGACUGGCACCUCUUCAACAGCAGCUGCUACUUCAUCUCCAGGACCACUCGGGACUGGCCGGAGAGCAAGUCCUUCUGCGAGAGCAAGGGGGCUUACCUGGCCAUCAUCCACACACCCGAGGAGCAGACGUUUCUGUGGGACCUGCUCCCCAGAGGACACUGGAAUUCCUACUGGUUUGGUCUCACUGACGGACAAGUGGAGGAUGAGUGGAAAUGGGUCGAUGGCACGCCGCUGGUCGGGGGUUUCUGGGAAGAGGGUGAGCCCAACAACCACAUCGACGAGGACUGCGGCUACAUAGUGAAGACCAACGUGUUGGAGCGAGUGGCGACGCGGAGCUGGUACGACGCCCCCUGCACCAUGUACCUGCCCUUCAUCUGCGAGAAGUACAUGGGACCUGGAGCCAGCACUGGCAUCCCUCACUGAGAGGCUGAGAGGCCCGGCCCGGCACCGCCUCUUCCAUCAGAGACUGAACUUCAUCAACAGCGAUGAAAACGUCGGAUGUACACAGAGCAGAUCUGUGAGUCGCCGACGUCUUUGCAGUUCAUAGUGUAUGAGAACACAAUGCCGCCAAAAAAGAAAUCAUCAAUCAGUCACAUUGUGACAUGAAAGUUAACCAUUAAUGUGAUUCAUUUGCAGUGACGUUCUGCGAAUUGAUUUGAUUUAAUGACUUGAACUUUGCAUCAAGUUGCAACGCAAAAAUAAUUUGAUGAAAAAAUGUGAUGAUGCACAGCUGCAGCGUCUCACAAUAUAAUGUGGCGAUGUGUUACAACGCUAAAAGUUGGAAAUACCAUCCUCCCGAAGCCUCAUCCCUGUGCAGAUUCCUAACAUUUGGCAUUUAAUUACAGUCGCUAUUCGCUUCUUCAAAAAGCUGAUUUGUCAUUGUGUUGGAGUUUUCUCAGGAAUAAUGAGGCGCUCCCCAUCUGGUGAACAGCAGUUCAGUGAAACAAGAAUGGAGUUACAUUAUUUGUAAUUGUGAUACUGAAACUAAACAUUUAUAACGAAGUGAGCAAGGCUGCUGAGCUCUCAGUGUUUUCACUCAAAAAUAUAAGAAAAAUAAGACACAACAGUAACAGCACAAAAUUAGGUUUUCCAGUGAGAUGUGACUCAGUGUGUCCACCUCCUCUCUGUUGGAUUUUUGUAUCGGUGCCUUAAAAAAGUGCUUCCCACCUUUCGAGAGGACGUCAAAAUGAUCUCAAAUCUAGCUGAACUAAGAUCAUUGACGAGGGCAGUUCUGUAGAACUUGCUUUCCAUGCAGAAUCCUUCUGUUGCCUCUGAGAAAGGCUGCAGACCUCCCAGCCGACCCCUCACUUGCAAAAACCUCACAAUGAAAACAAACACAGUCGCUCUCACCAGCACACAAACGCAUGUGCCUUUAAAAAAAAAGGGGGAAAAAAAGCUCUGGAUAGUUUCCCAGGUUUAUCUGUCGAAACAUGUUUGACUCGUGCGGUUCUAAUGUUGACAACCUCAGAAGAAGAAAGUCCUGUUUUGCCUCAUAAAAACAGUUCCAGCACUUUCAAAUUGUAGAAUUUUCAACCACUAAAUUAAAAAAAAACUUGAAUCAAACUCGUGCAAUGACUUCGACCUGCAUCCUACCGAUCUUGUAAAUAUACAAUACAUUGAUUAUUUCUGA